ACUUGGUGCCUGUUUUGUUCUUCCCAACAUGUGUGGCUCUUAUUCAUUCGUUUUGAAACUUCUCAAACAUAUACAUAAUGUUGAUUUUGCAGAACAUGUAUAGGUAGUUGAGUUCUGUUUUUGGUUUUCCUUUCACAAGCAUAAAAAAAUAUUAACUUAUAAGCUGUAAACUAAGAACAAAUUUUCAUGGAGAAAACAGUUCAUAUUGCAGUUGUUCCUGGUGUUGGAUAUAGCCACUUAUUCCCAAUUCUUCAAUUCUCCAAACUACUUGUUCAGCUUCAUCCAUACUUUCAUGUCACAUGCUUCAUUCCCUCACUUGGUUCUCUCCCAACUGAUUCAAAAACAAUACUUGAAACUCUUCCAUCAAACAUCAGCUGUACUUUUCUUCCACCAGUGAACUCUAAUGACCUACCACAAGGGGUUGCUUUAGCCCUUCAACUUCAGCUCACACUAACUCACUCACUGCCAUCUAUACAUCAGGCCUUGAAGUCCUUAACUUUAAGGGCACCCUUUGUUGCCUUGGUGGUUGAUGCAUUAGCAAUUGAUGCACUAGAUUUUGCUAAGGAAUUCAACUUGUUGUCCUAUGUUUACUACCCUGCUUCUGUCACCUCUUUGUCUUCAUACUUCCAUUUGCUCAAGUUGGAUAAGGAAACUUCAUGUGAGUACAGAGAUCUUCCAGAGCCUAUUCAAAUACCAGGUUGUGUCCCGAUUCAUGGUCGGGAUUUUCUUGACCUAGCUCAAGAUAGAUCAAGUCAAUCUUACAAGUUCUUUCUCCAAUGUGUUGAAAAAUUCCGUCUUUUUGAUGGUGUUCUUAUUAAUAGCUUCCUGGAAAUUGAAAAGGGUCCUAUAGAAGCAAUGACAGAUGAAGGAAGUGAAAACCUUCUUGUGUAUGCUGUUGGACCCAUUAUCCAAACACUAACAACAUCUGGUGAUGAUGCUAAUAAGUUUGAGUGUCUGACAUGGUUGGACAAACAAUGUCCUUGUUCAGUUUUGUAUGUUUCUUUUGGUAGUGGUGGCACACUUUCGCAAGAACAAAUUGAUGAGUUGGCUUUGGGUUUGGAAUUGAGUAAUCAUAAAUUCUUAUGGGUUGUAAGAGCUCCAAGUAGUACAGCAAAUGCUGCAUAUCUUUCAGCAUCUGAUGUUGAUCCUUUACAGUUUUUACCAUCUGGGUUUUUGGAGAGAACCAAGGAACAAGGGAUGGUUGUUCCAUCAUGGGCACCACAGAUUCAAAUCCUUAGUCACAGUUCCAUUGGUGGGUUUUUGUCUCAUUGUGGUUGGAAUUCAACCCUUGAGAGUGUGGUGUAUGGUGUGCCACUAAUCACUUGGCCUCUGUAUGCUGAGCAGAGAACAAAUGCAGUUUUGCUCUGUGAAGGCCUAAAAGUGGGACUGAGGCCAAGAGUUAACGAGAAUGGCAUUGUGGAAAGGGUAGAAAUUGCUGAGUUGAUCAAGUGUCUCAUGGAAGGGGAAGAAGGUGGGAAACUGCGUAAUAAUAUGAAGGAAUUUAAAGAAGCUGCUAGUAGUGUACAUAAAGAAGAUGGUUCUACUACAAAGACUCUUUCUCAAUUAGCACUCAAGUGGAGUAACUUUGGUAUAGAAAAACAAGUUUUAUGACAAUAUGUAUUAUUAAGAUCACCUUAUUUGGCCUUAUAUUUCACAGUUUACGUAUCUUCAAUAUGUGUUUGGUCAUCCGUUAUGGUGAUUUUUUUUUGUUAAAUACGAAAUGCUCUUAGCCUAGGAAUUGUCUAUACUUUGGUAAGGAGUCUACCUUGACACAAAUUUGAGACCUGAAGUUUUAUACUUACUAGAUAUAGACCAGCGUAAAGUUUGUACCUUGAAGGUUAUUCAUAAAAAAUGUUAGUUUUUUCUUCCAGAAACGCAUAUUACCAGAAGCCGUAUGAAUGGCCAUCUUGAUGAGAAUACUUGGGCUCUCCAACUUCCAAGAGAAAAACAGUCAUUAACCUAAAAUCAUCUUAUUAUCAUCCUAUUCUUUUUUAUGAUAUUUAUUUAUUUUUAUCAAACUUUGUAAUGGGACUUCCCUCUAAUUUUUUUCACCAACUUUCCUGGUUGAACAUCAGGGCUGUCAUUGCUUCUAGUACUCUCAUGCAUUUGUUUAUUUAGGAAUUUCUCUUGGAACAAUUUUGCUAUAACGCUGUUUCAAAAUUUGCUAUAAAAUCUAUAUAGGUCUUGGGCUAGGUGACUUUCAUGAACUUGGUCUCUAAUUUCCAUGGAGAAAACCAUUCACAUUGCAGUUGUUCCAGGUGUUGGGUAUAUAUCCAUUUAGUCUCUAUUCUUCAAUUCUAAAUGCUGGGUUUUUCAAGCAAAUUAAGAACUCGAAAGAGGGGUUUUCUGUCAAUGCUGAAUAUUUUGGAAAAGCGAUUAUCAGCAAAACAAGCAACGGAUCCAUUUCGGGAUCAAGUCAAGAUUACAAACACUUCCUUCAACAUGUUAAAAGUUUAAGUUUUGCUGAUGGUGUUCUUGUUAAUAGCUUCUUAGAAAUGGAAAUGGGACCUAUAAAAGCACCGACAGAGGAAGGAAGUGGCAACCCUUCUGUGUAUCCUGUUGGACCCAUCAUCGAUACAGUAACAUGUUCUGACCGUGAUGCUAAUGGUUUGGAGUGUCUGUCAUGGUUAGACAAACAACAAUCUUGUUCAGUUUUGUAUGUGUCUUUCGGGAGUGGUGGUACACUUUCACACGAACAAAUUGUUCAGCUGGCUCUGGGGUUAGAAUUGAGUAAUCAGAAAUUCCUAUGGGUUGUGUGAGCACCAAGUAGUAGUUCAUCUAGUGCAGCAUAUCUUUCAGCACAAAAUGACGGUGACCCUUUGAAAUUUUUACCAUCUGGGUUUUUGGAGAGAACGAAGGAGAAAGGUUUUGUCAUUACAUCAUGGGCACCUCAGAUUCAAAUCCUUAGUCAUAGUUCAAUUGGAGGGUUCUUGAGUCACUGUGGUUGGAACUCAACCCUUGAAAGUGUGGUGCAUGGAGUGCCACUAAUCACAUGGCCUAUGUUUGCUGAACAGGGAAUGAAUGCAGUUUUGGUGACUGGGGGCCUUAAAGUGGGACUGAGACCAAGAGUUAACGAAAACGGUAUUGUCGAAAGGGUGGAGGUUGCUAAGGUGAUCAAGUGUCUCAUGGAAGGAGAAGAGUGUGAGAAAUUGCACAAUAAUAUGAAGGAGUUAAAAGGAGUUGCUUCCAAUGCACUCAAAGAAGAUGGAUCUUCUACAAAGACUAUAUCUCAAUUAACACUCAAGUGGAGAAAUUUGGUGCAGGAAAACUAGAUUUAACGAAUGCUUUUGCUAAUAUUUUUCUUUUUUAACCAUUAUAGUCAUUCUGUUUUUUCAUUGGAAUAAUGUUGGAAUAGUGUGUGUCUUCUAGGAGAAUCCACAUGAUUCUUAUAAUGCAUAUCUUCUUCCUAUUUAUUGUCUCUUUAUUUUUGUUUCCCUAAAA